UCCAGAUAACGGGUGCGGGGAAAAAUAGCGCUACAGCUGCGAGCUAUACAUCUGGACCUGCGGUCUGGUCCGGUUUUUCUGAGGUUCUGCAACUUGAACAAUGAGGAACAAAGAUGAGCCAUUUUCUCAAAUUCAUGCGGAUUCCACCGAUGUCACAGUGCCAGAAACUCCAGAGGCUAAGCGUCCUUCAGGGCCUGGAGCCGUCAGAGCCACGGAGGCUAUAACGGUGGACUCAUCCUCAGAGUCGGACAUUGAGAUAUCAGGGAGUUCUAUGAUUUUGGAAGGGUCAGUGAAGACGGAGAAGAAUGUGACUCCAGCUCAGGAAGUGAUCUUGCUGUCUGAGGAAGAGGAUGACAUAUCAGAGGAGACCAAAUGUAAACCUCAGUUGAAGAAGUCUAGCAGUGAAGAUGGAGUAUGUAAGAGGAGGCAGGAGGAGAUGUGUGAUGGCCCCCCGGAGAAUUCCCCCUCACAGCGCAGUAAGAAGAGGCGAGAGUCUGUGACGGAUGAUUCGGAGGAUGAGGGUCCUGAGCCCACGUGGAAAGAGCAGGAGAGCAUGGUGAGGCGGCUACAGCGCAAGUUCCCGCAUCUGGUGAAGGAGGAGCUGAGGGAUGUUCUUCAUGAGCAUAGCUGGAUCAUAGAGGAUGCCCUGGAGGCGCUGAGAAUGUUCUCUGACCGCGUUGUGGAGUCCAGCAGUGAUGAAUCAGACGCACCUCCUGCUCCAAAACAUGAGAAAACAAAUCCUGAUCCCAGCACUUCUGUACCACAGCCAGUUCCAGUGGUCCAGCCUCCUGUCAGAACCGCACCACAGCCAGAACCACACAGACCUCUCAACGGGACCAAAGAGACACGAAAGAGGAGAUGGCCAGCGGCGCUGAUUAAACAACAAGCCACAAGCUCAGAGGACAACGACAGCGACUUCGAGGAAACGACUAGAAACUUUGACUCAGACUCUGAUUCGGACCAGGUGGACGAAACGCUGCCCAAAAUCAAGGGUCAGAUACUGAACUUCUUUCAGAGCGCCACAGUGGACGAGCUAACACUAAUCGCUGGCUGCUCUCUGAAGAAAGCUCAGAAAAUUGUAGAAUUGAGACCGUAUAAAACAUGGAAUGAUCUGGACGACAUUCUGCACAGAGGGAACGGCCUCUCCACUGAGCUUCUCGUCGGGUGUCGUGAGGUCCUGAGGGAGCGGGACGUGGUGCAAGGCCUGAUGGGAAAGUGUGAGGAAAUUUCCAGAAGGAUGACCCAAGUGGUGCAGAAUGGUCAGGGCUGCAUGACCCAACCACAGAUCCUCAACAACACGUUCCAGUUGAAACCGUAUCAGCUGAUCGGGCUUAACUGGCUUGUCCUGCUUCACCAGAACCAGCUGAGUGGCAUCCUCGCAGAUGAGAUGGGCUUGGGGAAGACCAUUCAGGCCAUUUCGUUUCUGGCUCACCUGUAUCAGAAGGGGAACCACGGGCCACAUCUCAUCACUGUCCCAUCUUCAACUCUGGAUAAUUGGGUUCGGGAGCUAAAACUUUGGUGUCCUAGCUUGAAAGUGCUGGUUUAUUACGGUUCUAUCGAGGAACGAAGAUGUGUCCGCUAUGAUAUACUGAAUGGGCUGGUGGACUACAACAUCAUUGUCUCAACGUACAAUUUGGCCAUCGGGAAUUCCAAUGACCGCAGCCUGUUCCGUAAACUCAAACUGGAAUACGCCGUGUUUGACGAGGGGCACAUGUUGAAGAACAUGAGCUCGCUGCGCUAUCGCCACCUCAUGGCCAUCAAUGCCAAGUAUCGACUGCUGCUGACUGGAACGCCACUGCAGAACAACCUGCUGGAGUUGAUGUCUCUGCUGAACUUCAUCAUGCCCAACAUGUUUUCCAGCAGCACCUCACAGAUCGCCAAGAUGUUCGCCAUGAAAUCCUCAGAGGAGCAGAGCAGCUUUGAGAGAGACCGCAUCGCUCAUGCUAAACUCAUCAUGAAACCCUUCAUCCUGCGUCGUAUCAAGAGUGAGGUCCUGAAGCAACUUCCUGCGAAGGAAGAACAGAUCGAGUUCUGCGCCAUGAGUGAAAAACAGCAGCAGCUUUACGACGACCUGUUCAACAAACUAAAGAGCACCAAAACUGAAGAGAAACGGGAACUGACCAACGUGAUGAUGCAGCUGAGGAAAAUGGCCAAUCACCCGCUGUUGCACCGGCAAUACUACACCAGCAAGCGCCUGUCUGCUAUGAGCCAACUCAUGUUGAAGGAGCCCAGUCACUGUGAAUCAGACCCGGCUCUGAUAAAGGAGGACAUGGCAGUGAUGUCAGACUUUGAGCUUCAUCGGCUGUGCCAGCAGUACUCGGCACUGCAUGAGCACCAGCUGGACACCGACUUGCUUCUGGACUCAGGGAAGCUCCGCCUCCUCACACAGAUUCUGACAGACCUCAAAGAACAGGGUGACCGAGUGGUCCUUUUCAGCCAGUUUACCAUGAUGCUGGACAUCUUGGAGGUGCUGCUUAGACACUAUAAGCACAGAUACAUUCGGCUGGAUGGCUCUACGCCCAUGAGUGACAGAAUUGGUCUGAUUGAUCAGUUCAACAUGGAUCAGGACAUCUUUGUAUUUCUGCUGUCUACCAGGGCUGGGGGACUGGGCAUCAACCUGACCUCUGCUAAUGUGGUCAUCCUUCAUGAUAUAGAUUGCAACCCUUAUAAUGACAAACAGGCAGAGGACCGCUGCCACCGCGUUGGCCAAACCAGGACCGUUAAAGUGAUCAGACUGAUAAGCAAGGACACCAUAGAGGACGCCAUGCUCCGCAUCGGCCAGAGGAAGCUCAAACUAGAGCAGGACAUGACUGCCACUGAGGAGGGAGAUGUAGACACCAUUCCUGAUGAUAUGGCCUCCCUCCUGAAGGCCUCUCUAGGCCUCUGAGAAGCUGACCAGCACUGGGACCAACCUUUAUUAUGUUCUUGAGAUUAGUUUGUUACAUUUUGACUGAAAUACUGUAGCCAUCUGACCCUGACUGACUCUAUUAAACGGUGUGAUGAUAAAUAAAGGUUCACAUAUCCGUUUUUUUUUCUCUGAAAACUUCUCCGGAACGUUCUGUUGAAGGUGCAGCCAGAUGUUUGUUUACAUUUUGAAUGUACUUGAGUACUGUUUCUGUUCACAUAAAUCUUGUAUUGUUUUUAUUUGUGACGUGGGCAAAAUUUGCCAAAGU